UCUCCGCAGCCUCCACGAUGCCCGGAUGUGCCUCCCGGCCUCAUCCUCCCGGGCCUUCCCUGCUGCUGACUCUGCUGCUGCUCCUCACAGGAGCAGCAGGACAGGAGGAGGAGGAGCUGCGGGUGACUCAGCCUGACAAGUCAGUGUCGGUCAAAGCCGGGGAGUCAGUCACCCUGCGUUGCAGCCUGUCCUCUCGGCGCCCACCCGGGGACGUCAAGUGGUUCAAGGGGGCUGGGCCAGGCCGGGAAUUAAUCUAUGAAUUUAAAGGAGGCCACUUCCCCCGAGUAAAAACUGUUACAGACCAAACAAAGGGAGGCAACCUGGACUUUUCCAUCCACAUCAGUAGCAUCACCCCGUCUGACACCGGCACCUACUACUGUGUGAAGUUCCAGAAAGGGACCCCAGACACGGAGUACAAGUCUGGUCCCGGCACCCGGGUGUCCGUGAGUGCCAAACCCUCUCCCCCCGUGGUCUCGAGCUCCCCAGCGAGGGCCACGACUGGGCAGACCGUGACCUUCACCUGCAAGUCCCACGGCUUCUCCCCCAGGAAUGUCGCCUUGACAUGGUUCAAAAAUGGGAACCAGCUCCCAGCCCUGCAGACCACCGUGGUCCCCCCGGACGACAGCGUCUCCUACAACAUCUCCAGCAGAACCGAGGUGCAGCUGAGCCCAGGGGAUGUCCGCUCCCAGGUCAUCUGCGAGGUGGCCCACGACACCUUGCAGAGCCCUCUCCGUGGGACGGCCAACCUGUCAGAGUCCAUCCGAGUUCCACCCACCUUGAAGAUGGUGCAACACCCUGUGCCAGGGAACCAGGUGAACGUCACCUGCCAGGUGGAGAGGUUCUACCCCCAGAAAGCACAGCUGACCUGGCUGGAGAAUGGAAACGUGUCCCGAACAGAAACAGCCCCGAUCCCCGUGGAGAACAAGGAUGGGACCUAUAACCUGACGAGCUGGCUCCUGGUGGACUCGUCUGCCUACAGGGAGGACGUGGUGCUCACCUGCCAGGUGGAGCAUGACGGACAGCCGGCGGUCAGCACACAGCAGACCCUGCAGGGCUCUGCCCACCAGAAGGACCUGGCUCCAGAAACACCACCUGGCCCAGAGAGCUAUACGACACUUCUUGUAACUCUGUUGCUGAUCUACAAGGUGCUGCUGGCUGUAGGUGCCUCUGCCGUCUAUGUCCACAGGAAGCUGAGGGCCUGACUGGGACACUCAGUCUCUACUGCCUCCUCCCAGCCUGAGAGAAGGAGCUGCCUGGGAGAUUCUACACACUCUGCUCCAGGACCUCCCCUCCUGGACACACUCUCCUGUUGCUCCUUCUCACUGUCCCUGAUGCCCCAGGG